UAUUUUUCCACCCAGCAGGAUGGGUGAUGCUGAGAGCUGCCUGCUCAGACAACAGACACGCGAGGUCAGGAAGAAGCCGCUUAUAAAUUACCGCUUCCUCCUCGUCGCCGCCUGCGCCGAGCUCCGGGCCCUAGUCGCAGCCCCGCUCGCUUGCCGUCGCCGAGCUCCGAGGACCGCGAGCCCGGAGACCCAGCCACGCCGAGAAAGAGCGCGGAGCGCGGAGCGCGGACCCGGCCAGCCAGAGAUCCGGCGCGCGGGCAGCCUCUGGCGAGUGGAAGCGAGCGCAGCCGAGCGCAGGACCGCUCCAGGUCCAGAACAACAGCCCUUUCUGAGGAGCCUCCAAACAAACUGACAGGGCCUUUCAGAGACCAGAGCUGCUCACCGUGGCGAAAACUGAGAGAAGUUUCUGGAAGAAAACGAGGAAGAGAUGGCCACCAAGGAGAAGCUGCAGUGUCUAAAAGACUUCCACAAGGACAUCCUGAAGCCAUCUCCGGGAAAGAGCCCGGGCACAAGGCCUGAGGAUGAGGCUGAGGGGAAGCCCCCGCAGAGGGAGAAGUGGUCCAGCAAGAUCGACUUUUUGCUCUCCGUGGCUGGCGGUUUUGUUGGCUUGGGCAACGUCUGGCGUUUUCCGUACCUCUGCUACAAAAAUGGUGGAGGUGCAUUUCUCAUACCAUAUUUUAUUUUCCUAUUUGGAGGUGGCCUGCCUGUGUUUUUCCUAGAGGUAAUCAUAGGCCAGUACACCUCUGAAGGGGGCAUCACCUGCUGGGAAAAGAUCUGCCCCUUGUUUUCUGGCAUUGGCUAUGCCUCCAUCGUGAUCGUGUCCCUCCUGAAUAUAUACUACAUCAUCAUCUUGGCCUGGGCCACAUACUACCUGUUCCAGUCUUUCCAGUCGGAGCUGCCCUGGGCGCACUGCAACCACACCUGGAACACACCCUAUUGCUUGGAGGACACUAUGCGCAAGAAUAAGAGCCUGUGGUUAACCCUCAACACCAGCAACUUUACCUCCCCUGUCAUCGAGUUCUGGGAGCGCAAUGUGCUGAGCUUGUCUUCUGGAAUCGACAACCCCGGCUCGCUGAAGUGGGACCUCGCUCUCUGCCUUCUUUUCGUCUGGCUUGUCUGUUUCUUCUGCAUCUGGAAGGGCGUCAAGUCCACAGGCAAAGUCGUCUACUUCACGGCCACUUUCCCGUUUGCUAUGCUCCUGGUGCUGCUGGUUCGUGGACUGACACUGCCUGGUGCAGGCGCAGGCAUCAAGUUUUAUCUGUACCCUGACAUCAGCCGCCUCGAGGACCCACAGGUAUGGAUCGAUGCUGGGACCCAGAUAUUCUUCUCCUAUGCCAUCUGCCUGGGGGCCAUGACCUCACUGGGGAGCUACAACAAGUACAAGUACAACUCGUACAGGGACUGUAUGCUGCUGGGAUGCCUGAACAGUGGUACCAGUUUUGUGUCUGGCUUCGCAAUUUUUUCCAUCCUGGGCUUCAUGGCACAAGAGCAAGGGGUGGACAUUGCUGAUGUGGCUGAGUCAGGCCCUGGCCUGGCCUUCAUUGCCUACCCAAAAGCUGUGACAAUGAUGCCACUGCCCACGUUUUGGUCCAUUCUUUUUUUUAUUAUGCUUCUCUUGCUUGGACUGGAUAGCCAGUUUGUUGAAGUCGAAGGACAGAUCACGUCCUUGGUUGAUCUUUACCCAUCCUUCCUAAGGAAGGGUUUCCGUCGGGAAAUCUUCAUCGCCUUGAUGUGUAGCAUCAGUUACCUGCUGGGGCUGACGAUGGUGACGGAGGGUGGCAUGUAUGUGUUUCAACUCUUUGACUACUAUGCAGCUAGCGGUGUAUGCCUUUUGUGGGUUGCAUUCUUUGAAUGUUUUGUUAUUGCCUGGAUAUAUGGCAGCGAUAACUUUUAUGAUGGUAUUGAGGACAUGAUCGGUUAUCGGCCUGGGCCCUGGAUGAAGUACAGCUGGGCUGUGGUCACUCCAGUUCUCUGUGUUGGAUGUUUCAUCUUCUCUCUCGUCAAGUACGUACCCCUGACCUACAACAAAGUGUACGUGUACCCCACCUGGGCUAUCGGGCUCGGCUGGAGCCUGGCCCUGUCCUCCAUGGUGUGUGUCCCCUUGGUCAUGGUCAUCCGCCUCUGCCAGACGGAAGGGCCGUUCCUUGUGAGACUCAAGUACCUGCUGACUCCGAGGGAACCCAACCGCUGGGCUGUGGAGCGAGAGGGGGCCACACCCUACGCCGCCCACCUGGCCAUGAAUGGCACUCUCACGAAACCGACCCACAUCAUCGUGGAGACCAUGAUGUGAGCUCUCUCGGGUCGACGGGGCUGCUUUCCUGCUGUUUACUAACGUUAGAUUCUCAUAGGACCAGGUUUACAGAGCUUUAUAUUUGCACUAGGAUUUUUUUUUUUUUUUAAUUGUCACAGAAAAUAUUACUGUGUGUGCGUGUGUGUGUGGGUGUGCAUGUGUGUGUGGUGUUGUGCGUAUGUGUAUUUUGUUUUGAUUCGGGGAUAUUUUAUACAAAAAGAAAACCCAUGGGCAGAAGUCCGGGUUGAGGCAGAGCUUUCAUACUGAAUUAGAUGUAUUUUAUGGGAACUUGGUAAAUUUUUCUUUGUAUUUUUUUUUACAUAUAACUAUAUUUACAUUUAGAGAUUGUCAUACACUUUUACCACUUGAAUCGAUCUUCUUGCCAGCAAUAGAUCUCAUUUUCAAAAGCAAUUCUUCGGUGCUUGUGUAGCUGGCAGAAAGUUCUGCCCCAAAAAACACAGGGUGGAAUUUUCCUGGGACAGCAGACCCAUUUUACAGGUGUAGUACUUCCCACCUGGUUCAAGUAGAAGCAAACUGCAGGGAGAGGGCCCUACCCGCUGACCAGACUCAAGGGGGCUGGAGAAAGGAGGGCUGUGAGGAGAUGCCUCAUUAUACUUGUAGCCAAGAAGAGAGAUGCCAAAAUAAUGAACCAACCCUUCAAAUAAAGGCACUGACUAGAAGCUGACAGGUGAGAUCCCUCCAGCAAAAGUCUGAUUUCUAAGAGCAAUAGAAACCAUUACACCAGGAACAAAAUCCCACUUUUUAUUUUGAGAUCGAGGGCAGAUAGUCAGAUGGACUGUCAGAACCAUUUAUCCAAGAGGGCUGAUGAGGAUGGAGCUUGGAUGUUCAGGAGCCCUCAUGAGACUGACUGGGAUGUCCCAGGUAGAGACCUGAGGCUGGCCCAGCAGGAGCUGGUGGUCUCAGGGGCUCUGAACCUCACCCAGAUGGGUUUGUUGCAUUUCUGUGGGGUCCUAUAAGGUUUUGGUCAUUCUCCAGCUGACACGUCUUGAAGCUGCCUAUAGGAGGGAAGUGUCAUGUAUUUGGUGAGGGACGAGGGGUGAGCGAGUGGACAAAAGGAUGUGGGCCCCAAGGUUCAAGGGGCCCGGUGUCAGGGAGGGGUGCUUUUUUUUUUUUUUUCUUUUUACUCAUCUCUCCACCCUCAUCUCCCAGAGGCUGGGAAACUCCUGACAAGCUCUUAUUGAAGAUCCCAGCCCAGGGCCGCCCCGGCUUCUCGCAGGGAGUGCCAAGAGCAUCUUCGAAUCGGGCGAAGUGCUCCCCAAACUCUCCUCCCAGUUCGGUCACAAGGUGCAACCCUUGGUAGUCCCUGGGAGAUAAUAAAACUCUUCAUUUCAAUAGCUGGUGCCAGAUAGAUAUGCACUGUGUGGGGACUGAGGAGAGGCAGUGAAGGGAUGUUUUCUAGAAAGUUGGGGUUGUUCAGGGGGCUGGAACCCCAGAACUGGCUCAAUCAAGAGCCUUCUGUAGAGCAGCUGCAUUCUCUCUGAACCAGGAGAGAAGGUACUCCACCUUUAAAAUCCCAAGUAUGGACACACCUCCACCCCAGCCGCCAUUUGGACCUAAACUGUGCCAUUGAAACAGUCACUUCCAAGUAAAGAGUCUAAACUAAACUUAAACAUUUUGUCACAAACAGCAGUGACUUCCUCGGGUGAUGUGGAGAGUGAAGUCCAGCUCCGGUUUUCAGAGCAGGAGCUCUCUGAAUCCUGGAAACCGCCCCCUCCCCAAAUUUGGGAGGGGGAGAAGCCUUUGGUGUCCCCCUCCCAAGGGGCAGAGGCAGUUCCGAACCCUUUGUCUUUGGCAAGCAGUCACAUUUCACUGUUUCCAAAGCAUAUACUCUGCCAAACAAUACCUAUUCCAAACUGUUCACAGUUCUAAUGUGUUCCUGUUUUUCUAUGUAUUUAUGGUUGCCGCUGUGUCUGAAUUGAUUUUAUUAUGUUUUUUUCCCUGUAAUUUUACUAAGUAGCAAUGUGACCUGUUUUCCUCUGUCUUAUGGAACUUUAGUAAACUAACCACUGUCAGUGACUGCGGACAGGUGACGUGUGGGAGUGAGGGUGGCUUGGUAAGCUGUGGCUAUCUGGGCAUCUGUGGCCAUUUCAGGCUGCAUCUUCCCUCCGGGGCUUGGACCCCAAGCGAAAGGCCACAGGGUGGCAAAGAAAUGGCAAUAUUCUGGAAGUGGCCCGAGGAAGGCCUGCUAUAAGAUUCCCAGACCAAAUUCUAGACCAAAGACACAUGCAGACCAAGUCCCCAGGUCCUGCCUGGAAGGUCAGCCACUUUCCCCAAGCCCAUUCCUCAACAGUCUCCCCAGCCACCUGUCUCCAGUUUUGGCCCUAGCUCUCGUGUAUCCGCAGAACUUGGCUCUAUGAGUACAAUGUGUAUGGUGUGUGACUUUUAUAUGUCUUCACAUAAAGGAAACUUGUCAUUGGAGCUCAUGACUCUGGUCCACCUGUCUCUCUGCCUGGGAUAGGUCAGAAAUUCUGAUGCCCUCACAUCGUUCAGUCAGCCAGACCUAGAAGGGAUGCAACGGAGCUGUUCAAAGAACUUUUUUAGGACGUAGAAAUGGGCGAAGGCCCCAGGAUAUAUACACCCAGGGAAACACUGCACUGAGCUGGGCUGGGCCACGUUCGUCCCUGCAGUAGACCUGCACUGUCGGUGGCCCUCGUAAAAUGGGGAAACAGCCCUGAAGCAGGGGAGGGACUUAGGCACAGAGACCUGGGAAUGGAACCAGACUGUGUGCAGUCCGUUCCUGCUGCAGGUCUUCCAAGGUAUGUGCAGUGAGUGGCAAGUGCAACUCCCCAGUGUUCUCCCUGAAGACCAAAGACGAGCCUUUAGGAAAAAGAAAAUGCUCCGUCCCAGCAUUCAUGGAUGAGGUGCACAGCACCUGCCACCCCCUGGCCAUCCUCAGGGGCCAACUGGAUCCCAAGCUGUAGCUCAGGCCUCUGGUAGGAGAGGCAGCACCUGUUUAUUCUGUUCGGCUCUGCACCUGGCAGCCCUCCAUGAGCUAGGCAUUGAGAUCCCUGUGACACAGGAGGAAACUGAGGCCCAAAGAAACGUGUUGGUGUACAAGAAUCUUCAGAACCCCUUAGGGCAGGAUUCAGCCUGAGGCCACGUGGGACAUUCCCAGGCAACAGGAAGUGGCUUUGCAUUCUGAUUUCCAGGCAGUAGCAGCUCCCUCUCUGAACCUCUGGUCCUUCUGGUCCCUUGUUCUCACCCCAGAUCCCCAGCACAUCCCCAGAGAAAGUGGUGAAGCACAAAGGGAGAGCUAGCCCUCCUCACCCUAGCACAGGCGGCUAGUGGCCCAGCCAGUGCUUAAGGCAAAGCACCUCCCUUCCCUCCAAACCUCAGACACAGGCCAGGAAAGGACCCAAGAGAAGUCCCUCAAGAUGGCUUAGCAGGCCCAUGUAGCCCUCAGACCCAAGGUCAGGCGACUCUAGGCCCGGCUCUCUAUGAGAUGCUGUAAAUACCACUGCAAAAAUGCAACAAGCACAAAGCCACAAAGCAAACAAAAACCCAGAUAUCAAAAUUGGAGAGGAAUACGAGUCCCUCCCUCUCUCAAUGCCCGGCCCUCAGAAUACAUCUGGUUUUAAUAGGAAGCUGUUUCAUUGUUCUUUUGUGGGUGUCACUACAGACAUGUUCUGAUAAGUCAGGUCCCUGAGGAAUGGGGCAUCUUGUGAUAUAUUUGGCUUCAAACUGAGAUAUUGGCUCCGUUUCUUUUCCCAAUUAAUUUUUAAAUCUCUAGCAACUGUGACUCUGUAUUUAGCACAAGAGAAAGCUGAGAACGUGGGUCUCGCCUCCUUUCAGAAAUACGUCUGGCUCAUCAGGACUUUUUUUUUAAACUUCAAAAUAUUUUUAAGAUAUUUUAAACUUUUGUAAAAAAAAAAAAAUCAACCAACAAGAGAUUCUUCUGAGGAGGAACAUUUGUAUUUGAAUAAGAUCCUUGGUGUGUAAUUCAUUCUU